CUCAUCGACAUUCCUAUACCAUGUCUACACCUAUGUUUCGCUGUUUUUAUUUUUGGCAUUAUUUCUAAUAUGUUAUUUACAAAGAGUUUCAGCUGCAAUCUUGAUUGGGGAAGUUUGGUUGGAGCAUUUUAUCGUAUGUAUCCUUCAAAGUACUAUCCUCAUGUUCAUGAAGUAUAUACAAUAAACCAUCAAGUUUUACCUGAAUUACGUCAGCUUAAGGUCCAACGCAUUGCUCGAGUGAAGUACGAUCUCCCUCCGAUAGUACACUACAUUAUAGGACCUAGCAUAGAAUACAUGGUCCUUGAAGACUCUUGUGUAGAUAUUGACAAGAAGCAAAUAUCACACAAAACAAUAGGAUUAACUAUGCGAAAUACUUAUAGCUACGAAGAAACUGCUACAUUUGAGAUCGUAGAUGAAGGAUUAUGCAAUUACAAGUGUUCGACUGAUUUUAGGAUAACUGGGUUUUCAUUUCUCAACUCUACAUUGGAAACUGUAGCAAAACAUGUGGUAGCAGAAUUUUCAAAGAAUGAAGCGGUUAAAAACGCGCUUCUUCAAGCUGCUAGCAACAACGAUGGAUAGAAUUGUUUUCU